CUUGAGCCGUUCAUUCUAGAAAUUUGCUUGGAGAGGUUCUCAAACGACGUGUCCACUUCAGUGAGAGAGGGUGAAAUCGAAUCGACAGACUAACCUGGCGCUGAUCUCACUGUAGCUUGUUGGCCUGGGCUGUUGACACGCGAUCCUGCAUGGCCACACCUGUCAUUGCAGGUAUAGCAGUCGGUGCUGCAGCAUAUGCAGGCAAAGCGGCGAUCGAAAUAUUUACGAAAUUCAGAAAUGCUCCUCCACGUAUGAGGCAGUUUUACAAGGGAGGAUUCCUGCAAGAGAUGAACAAGCGAGAGGCUGCCCAGAUUUUGGGGACCAGGGAGAGUGCAGGCGAGGACCGGGUUAGGGAGGCUCACCUGCGGAUCAUGAAGGCAAACCACCCUGACUUGGGGGGCAGCAGCUACCUGGCAGAGAAGGUCAAUGAAGCCAAGGAUCUCCUGCUUGGCAAGGGCAAGAGGAGGACUUCGCCCUUCUGACAACUGAGGGCGAAUGACAGAGUCGCACCAGAACAUUGCUUGAUCUUUGCAAAAAAUGCUGUCUGUGAAUGGGUGAGGCUGCAACAGUGCCUGCUGGUGCAGGUCUUUCAGUGAUGCAGAAUAACAGUGAGACAGGCUGCAUGGUUCGCCUGACUCAGUCGCCCGUUGGUGUCUCGUAUUCCCCUUGUCAGCUGCUCAACUGUACCUUGAGCUUGUUAGAGGCAUUUGAAC